UCUGUCCAAAAUGGUUUAUGGUGAAUUUUUUCGCAGACCUGGCAAAGAUGCAGAACUUAUAAAUUUAAAUGUGGGUGGCUUUAAGCAAUCAGUGGAUCAAAGCACCUUGCUCCGAUUUCCCCAUACCAGACUCGGAAAACUUCUCAAAUGCCAUUCAGAAGAGGCUAUUCUAGAACUGUGUGAUGAUUAUAGUGUGGCAGACAAGGAGUAUUACUUUGACAGGAAUCCUUCCUUGUUCCAAUAUGUUCUGAAUUUUUACUAUACGGGCAAACUUCACGUUAUGGAAGAACUUUGUGUCUUUUCCUUCUGCCAGGAAAUAGAGUACUGGGGGAUAAAUGAGCUGUUUAUUGAUUCCUGCUGCAGCAAUCGGUACCAAGAACGGAAAGAAGAAGGUCCUGAUAAAGACUGGGAUCAGAAGAGCAACGACAGUAUGGACUCCUCCAAUGAAGAGUCAUCCAUAUUUGAUAAAGAGCUAGAAAAGUUUGAUAAUCUAUGUUUUGGUGAAAUAAGAAAGAAGAUCUGGGUCAGAAUGGAAAAUCCUGCAUACUGCUUGUCUGCCAAGUUAAUUGCCGUGUCAUCCCUGAGUGUUGUUCUGGCAUCAAUUGUGGCCAUGUGCAUUCACAGCAUGCCAGAAUUUCAGAGGCUGGAUGCCAAUGACAGGGAGAUUGGAGACCCUGUGCUGGAAGCUGUGGAGAUUACGUGCAUCAUCUGGUUUACUGCUGAGCUAGUGAUCAGGCUUUUCACUGCUCCAAGUCAAAAGAAGUUCUGGAAGAAACCACUGAACAUCAUUGAUUUUGUCUCUGUUAUCCCAUUUUAUGCCACACUGGCUGUGGACACAAAGGAAGAAGAAAGUGAAGAUAUUGAGAACAUGGGGAAAGUGGUUCAGAUCCUGCGGUUAAUGAGGAUAUUUCGCAUCCUGAAACUGGCCAGGCACUCCGUAGGACUGCGGUCUUUGGGCGCUACUUUGAGACACAGCUAUCAAGAAGUUGGACUUCUGCUUUUGUUUUUGUCAGUUGGGAUUUCUAUUUUUUCAGUGCUUGUCUACUCUGUGGAGAAGGAUGAUGACUCAUCAGAACUGCAGAGCAUCCCUAUUUGCUGGUGGUGGGCAACCAUCAGCAUGACCACUGUUGGUUAUGGGGACACUUACCCGGUCACACUCGCUGGGAAGCUGCUCGGCACCCUCUGCAUUAUCUGUGGGAUACUGGUGGUAGCACUUCCAAUCACCAUUAUUUUCAACAAGUUUUCUAAGUACUACCAAAAGCAAAAAGCUAUUGAUAGAGACCAGUGCAACAAUGACCGCAAAGAGAAAAGCAAUGACCUACCCUAUUUUAACAUUAGGGAUAUUUAUGCAAAAAAGAUGCACUCCUUCAUUUCUAGCCUUUCUUCAGUAGGAAUCGUAGUCAGCGACCAAGAUUCAACAGAUGCCUCCAGUAUCCAAGAUAUGGAGGAUGUUUAUAACACAGUAUCUUUAGAGAAUGGUACAGGAAAAUGAGUUGAAUCACGUUUGCUUCUCUUUAUUUCUCUUCUUAUUCUUGGUAAAUGCUGACUGACAAACUUCCGUGAAUUCAUUAAGAGCAGUUGAUUCUCAGGGUACUUAACUCUCAGCCAUAUUUGGACAUUCUUUGCUCUGAGGAUGCCAUAAAAGCUUCAUUGCUUAUAUGAGGCGUUAGAAUAUGCCUCAUAUAGUGGUUUAGUUUUUGCACAACUAAUGUUAUGCAUUUUUGAGACAAAAAGUUGGGAAGAGAGUUUUAAAUGUGAGAUAAGUGGUUUUUUGGUUCUGUGGGUAUUGUUGUUCGAUUUGUUCAUUGUUUUUUCCCCUGCAGCAGUCUCGUAUCUUACACAGAAUUUGCUUUUACAAUUUUCUGUUCUUCAGGUAGAGAUGUAUUGCAAACAUGUAAGAACUAUUGCACAAGUUAGUUAAGUUUUUACCUGCAAAUACAUUAGAUAAAUGAAGGAAUUGUGUACAUGUAAAACUGUGCUCACUAACACAUUUAUGUAAUUUUAGAGUUGGGAACCCAUUUCCUAAGUUGGGGCAGAAAAUAUAUAUUGGUACAUAUUG